UUUUCGCUUGAAUGUUUCAGAUGAACUGCAAUACACCCGUCCUUGGACGGGCUCUCGGCUAGUGUAUGAUGUUGUUGGUGUACACGCCUCGUGGAGUAUGCUGCGUGUGUAGCGUGUACAGUAUGAUCGGAUGAGCCAUGCUGACUGUGCGUUCCCACAGUUCCUCUGCGGGAGGAUCGACCGCUUUACCCAGGCCGGCUUUAGCGGGGGUGCAUCUAUUUCGUGAUCGAUUUUAGACAGAAAGGUCACUCGAUUUUCUCACACUGCAACCAACAAUUCCACGUCCCGUUCAGUGUAAUCCACCGCUAGCCACGCGAACCGCUAUCUCCAUCUGCCUCUCUCUCUCUCUCUGCCCAGCCGAGCCACGCGUACAUCCCAGCCACCUUCAACAACAGCAGCGACCCCCAUCACCAUCAUCCCCGACCCGGCCAGCGGUGUCCCUCGGCUUCUCCUGGAAAGACUUAAGAGCAUCAUGGACGACACGGGGUACAUGCUGAAAAAGGACUCGAUCGACGUGGAUGUCUUCCUUAUCGGCGAUCAGCUACGGCAGCGCAUGCACAAAGAAAAAGUGAUCAAGGACAGGCGCCACCACCUGCGCACCUACCCCAACUGCUUUGUGGGGCGCGAGCUCGUGGACUGGCUUUUUGAGAACGAGGAAGUGGUGGAUCGCGGCUCAGCGGUGUGCUGCAUGCAGGUUCUCAUGGCGCACAACAUCGUGCACCACGUGUCUGACGAGCACAAGGACUUCAAGGAUGCCAAGUUGUUCUACCGCUUCCGCAGGGAUGACGGAACCUACCCACUCAACUACGGGGUCAGGAUGUUUUUGCGGGGACAGCGUAUCUUUGAAAAGCUGCAUAAACAGAAUAGCCCGGUGCUGCACGCGCGGGGCGAUGACGUCGCAGUGUACGAACUCGUGUUCAUCGGCUUCCAGCUGGUCACCUGGUUGGUGUGGGAGAGCGAGGCGAUGAGCCGCGAGGAUGCCACACGGCUGUGCCAACGCAUGUUCGAGCAAAAUAUUAUCAGAAACAUCUCCCCGGCAGACCAAUUCCUGGACAGGAACCUGGUCUAUUUCUUCCGGCUCGACUUCCAGCAGGACUACCUGGUCACUGACCUGGUGCCCGGGAUGCCAACGGUGCGGCCCAACGUCACCAAAGAGAGCCGCAUCAACCUGCGCAAGCAGUUGCUGUCGGGCUGCAUCGAUCUCUCCAGCUUCUUAACGGUGAAUCCGGCGAAGGAGAUAGUGAUGCGACGCAACAGCGUGAGCAACAGCAGCACGGGCACCACCACCAGCAACGGCUACUGGAAUGCCAUCCUGAACCUGAGCAGCAGCCCUCCUCCCAUGCUGUACAUGCCCCGGUCAGUGUUGAAACGUCCCGUGUCUGUUGAGGAACUGCUGAUGGCGGGCGCCCCCUUCCUCAAGAAAACAUUGACGGUGCUGGGGGAUGCAGUUGGUUGGGGGUUCGUGGUGCGGGGAGCUCAACCGUGCCACAUCCAGGCUGUGGAUCCCAGCGGGCCCGCGGCCACAGCUGGCAUGAAGGUUUGCCAGUUUGUGGUGUCGGUGAACGGGCACAACGUUCUGUCUCUCGACUACCGCACCCUGAGCAACCUCAUCCUGACGGGACCUAGCACCAUCGUCCUUGAGGUCAUGGAAGAUAUGGUCUGAUUUUGGGCUCGGUUUUCGCUUCAUCCAGUAGCUUCGUUUAGUUCGUUAUCCAGUUUCUUUUCAAGUCACAGGUUUAUUCAUGCCAAAGAGUUUCAAACAGAAGAUAUUGUUAAAAGGGAUUAAAAAAAAAAGUUUAGUUUCGUGAACAUUUCAAACUAUUGAAGCGGUCUUACUUUUCUUGUUUCCAAAAGCCAUUUGUGUACAGUGCGACUUUUAAACUCCGGGGCCAAAAUCUGUGUUUGAUCAACGGGGGGGGAGGGGGGGGGUGAUGGAAACCGUGCAGCCGUCGGGGGAUUUGCAAUGGGCUGAAGAGGAGAGCGACGACUCCAGUUUGUUGCGAUCAACGGAAACGCAACGAUUCGCUCAAAAUGAAAAAAAAAAAAUCAGUCAAAAAUUGUGCAGAAGUUACCGCGGUAUACGUCGGGUCUCUCUUUUUUUUUGUUGUUGUCCGUCGCCUAAAGAGCCAGCUGCCGCUUCUGUCGUGCGCCGUGCCCCACGAGCGUCCUUCGCCUCGGGAGGUUGGCGACGGGCCACCUGAUAUUGUGAAACUUGUACGUGGACGGCGACGACGUCGGUGUUCUUCCGCGUGCGGCGUAAGCGGAGCCGCUCCAGUCGGGAGGAGCUUGGUGCGUGUGCCGUUUACAGUCCGACAAACGCGGAUGCCGUCAAAUACACACCACCGGAUCGUCAAACGCACACAACCGGAUUGUACGAACCUUGCGCAUCAACUCUCAGAUGCGAGGUGUUUCCCUUUUUACGGGAAUUACCGGAUGCGUAAAACAAACCACACACACACACACGCACACACGCUCGCACGCGCGAUUAGAGUGCACAUUCGCCCAAAUGGUUUGCGUGCUUUAUUUGGAUACGUUUUAUGUAAUUAAAGGUGUUUCUUUUUUACUCAACUCUUGCAGAUGUGAAUAAGCUUAAGGGGACGAAGGUUCCCGGGUUGCUGUGGAUAUUCAGCUCGGUAAAAAAAAAAACAAAUGUCUGUCUUUAUUCAGGUAGUUUUUGUAGUUUUAUCUGCUUUUCUUAGCAUGCGAACAGACGGAAGUAGCGCCACCGUUAAUCCAUAAACGUGGCCUGUCAGGGGGUGGAGGCGGGGGGUGGGGGCGUCACGACGGGGUUGUGUGAUGUGGUGUCGGCAAGGCAAGAUUCGUCGGCCACACUUUCACGAGAUGUCUAAUCGUACCGGACACACACCCCCCCCCCGCCCCCCACAAUAAAGGCAAACACUAAUUGACAUAAUAAUUUAACAUGAUGGCUUAAUUUUGGGAAUGUGCAACACGCAACCGUGCUUUGUUUACUUAGUUACCAUUCUGCCAUGGGGCUCUGCGUGAACUUUGGCCCAUGAGUCGAAUGUGUGUUUUUUACCGACAUGAUCUGACAUGGGGUAUGGUAUCCUCUCCAUGGCGUAUUUACAUUAGAAUGGAGGGGGAUAAAACGGACUUUCAGAGCACCGAUGAUUUUUUACGAUGGGACUCACUUGCAAUAACCCCUUAAGAACGAUUGGCAAUGUUUACUCUGUUUCUUCCGUUUUAUUUCAAUGGGCCAAACGUCAAAAUGUUUAAUGUGGACGCUGUUAAGUGCUUUGAAGGAGAAAAAAAAAGAGACGCUAUAACGGCCAUUGCUAUCCUAUACACCAUGCGCCCUGACCCGUACCGCCACCGCGCAUCUCCACGGGACGAAUCGACGUGUCGCAUCGGCAUUGCCCGCCAAAUUCAACCUUUGCCAUUUUGAGCGCAGGCUGCGCAUUGGUCUGUGGUUGAAAAAGCCGCCAAAACUAAGCUGUAACAAACAAAAUAACGCUCAACAAUUCCUCGGCCAAAGGACAAAAUGGAGCACACGAGUCCAUAGGAGCAGGGCGGUCAGCGCUCCCUUGCUAUGGGGACCGAAUGUACAAGUGAGAAGUGAGGCCGCAGUCGGCAUGGCAUGCACGUGGGACGAAACAGAUUGGCCAAAUCCUUAAAGCGAUUUCCCAGCUGUUGCUGGUUGCUGAAGCCAUUGUGCUCACGUGUUCUGCUGCAAGGAUGUUGAAGGGUAACGAAAACAUGAGCAGCAUUUGUCUGCGUCAGCCGUGCGUCUGCAGUUUUAUUGUGGCAGGCCUUGUAAACUACUGAGAUUUGAUGCAGCAAAAUGCCAAGGCUUUCCUGCCAAAACGUACUUUAUUGCGUUGCCUUCAUGUCUUUGAGAUAUUGUUGAGGUUGUGCUGAGUGGUACCAUAAUGGAAACACUGUGAAGGUUACAUUUUUUUCAUCUUUUGUGUUGAAGCUUGUUACUUAAAAAAAACAGAGGGAAUGGGCAGUGAUAUUUAGAUGGACACGUUAAUGCUGCGUUUGAUCAUUGUGGUAUAGUUUGAACUUAUUGUCAAAUGAAAGUGUAUCUGCGUGGAUCACAACAAAAGUUAAAAUAAAUACGAAUAAAAAAUG